CUGUGGAAAGGCAUGGUCUGGGGGAGCAAGAGAAGGGAAGCUUGUCUCCAGCUGGAGCGAGAUGACUCAGCUGCCUUUCGCUGGUCGUUCUGCUUCGACUGCUUCAUCUUCAGCUGCUGGACCUCCUCUGCCCGUCGUCUUCAACGCUGCUCGCGAGCGUUCUCGGGUUUCUCCUGUGCAGAUAAGGGUGUAUGCUGGGCUGUUGUCGGUCCCCUCCCCCCGCAUACCACACGAUGCCCCUCGAUCCACUCCCUCAGCCAUACGCUCUCCUUCUCCCAUCCCCGCCAUCGGGCUCCUUCAACGACCUGAGAGCUGCAUACGAACAAUCCCUGUCGACGGUCUAUUUGAAGCUCUCCCAAGCGCUCAAUGGUGCUAACACUGUUGCUCUUCUCGAUAUCGCAAUAGACAUCCCCGGUUUACUGUCUUCUGCUAUUCCGCGGUCCAAGGUUUUUGCAAGCCUCCAGCGCCUUCUGGCGAAUAUAUACAAGCUUGUAUGCACCGUUUGUGCUUCAAGGAAUAUUGAGCUUGAUGGUCCCACCGGCAUCGAUACCAGAGUCAUAUUUGUGGAUGAUGAUCCUGCUCACAGCUCGACCGUACCUGAUCUUGGGCCUAUUAUCAGCUUAGAGGUGCUGGCAGCAUCUGCUCGCAAAUGGGAUUCAGUGUUCUACGUGGAUUCUACUGCAGGAAAGGCCCUGCUGGAGGAUUUUACUAGCCACCUUAGCCCUCUGGCUCAAACCCGUUACUCUGCCAAUACACACGCUGUCCCUGGAGGACAGGAUGGGACAUCUUCUGAACCCCUACUGGGUUCUGAUGACGGGCAGUCACAGAGUCUAAAUUAUUCGGUUGCCGUGGGGGGAACCUUUGACCAUCUCCAUAUCGGUCACAAGCUUUUACUCACUGCAACUGCCCUUGCCUUGGACUCUGUCCAAGGUCCGGAUCUAGGAAAAGAGAGGCUUAUCACUAUUGGUGUGACAGGCGAUGCACUGUUGGUAAACAAAAAAUAUGUGGAAUAUCUGGAGGGCUGGGAUGAAAGAGUCCAGAACACCGCAUCCUUCCUAGCAGCCGUCAUGGAUUUCUCUCCCGCUGAGAGCAGCGCACCCAGUACUGAAUGGGUAUCGGACCCAGGGCCGAAUGGGAAAUACGUCUUGAUGAAAUUACGACCUGAUUUAUCCCUGAAAUUUGUGCAGCUAUCCGAUCCAUGUGGGCCUACAGUAACGGAUGAGAGCAUCGAUGCCCUUGUUGUCUCUGCAGAAACACGUGGUGGAGGCAAGCUAAUCAAUGACGAGCGAGCAAAGAAGGGUUGGAAGGCACUGGAGGUAUUUGAAGUUGACGUAUUACUUUCCGGUGAGGUUGCAGCAGCUACAGGAGUUGACUCGAAGAGCUUUGGGUCAAAAAUAAGCAGUACGGACAUUCGAAGGCACCGCAUGGAACUUGCAAGGAGGUAGCUUUAAUCUUGAGUUUUCGUCCUUGCCACUCUGCUAACUAUCUAUGAGCUAACGAGGUUAUGAGGAGCCUUUUUUUUUUAAAAAAAAAAAGGAAGAAACCUUCCUUCUUUUCAUCACUCGGGAAGUUGAGGCCCUACCCACCUGCAGUAAAUUACCUUUUGUAAUCACAGAAUAAGUAAUAUCACCGCGAAACAAGUCUUCU